GGAGCGGGGCCGGAGCGGGGCCAUGACGCUCUUCGGCAGCGGGGACCCGGGCUGGAGAUAUUUGGAUAUGUCCAGGGAGUCCAAGCUGAGCCGGGCCAGGCUGGGCCAGAAGCGUCAGCACAGCAGCAGCCUGUACCACAGUAACUGUGACCUGGACUAUGAUCUCUACAGGGACGACUUCCCAUACCGGGUAUACGAGUACCAGAAGAUCCCCCCACUCAUUAACCGCAUCCCAGUCAAGACCAGGCGGACUCACUCGAGAGCAGGAAGCAAGAGCAGCCUGAGUCCCCAGCCUGGGACAAGGAGCAGCACCAGCUCCACAACAGGACGGACAAAGUUGCAAGUUGAAGAGCUGCACUCCAUCAAGGGGGAGCUGAGCCAGAUCAAGGCGCAGGUGGACAGUCUGCUGGAGAGCCUGGACCGCAUGGACCAGCGGAGAGAGCGUCUCACAGGGUCCAAGGAAAGCGAGAAGAAGAGGGCAGAGCCGGGGACAGAGUCACCAUCCCCAGCUGGAGAGGGGUCACAGGAGUCACGGAGAAAGGAGGGGACAAGGGCUGAUGGGGACAGAGACCUGCACAACAUUGACAGUGCAGAGGAGAGCACAGACACAGAGGAGACGGUAAGAGGAGGGCCAGAUUCUAUGCCAGACUAUUUCUCUAAAAUCCACCCCUACUUGCUGAUGAGGGAUGCCUGGAGUAGAUGAAAUGCUCCAUUGGGGUUCCCCAAGCCAUUCCAGAUGUGUGCCAGGGCUAAAACCUUUGGCACAGCCAGAACAUCUCCGAGUACCCUGCAGCAACUCCUUGGGUGUGCAUCACUCCAGCACCAGGGCUACAGAAACAACCUUGGAGCAGAAAUACAUUUUAUCAAAGGUGCUGCUCUCACACUGCACUCCCCAGGUGGGUGUGGGAUGCCAGGUACUGGGCAGGGUGCUGAGUUUGAUCCUACUGCUGGAGUGCAUCGCAGGACGGCCAUGCUGUGUUUCUCCUCACAGGUGAAAACCCACAUUUCGGACUCCAAGGGGAGCCAGUAGCCAGCCUGGGAUGCUGUGGCCUUCCUGUGGGGCCAGCCCUUCCCAGCUUGUGUUCUUUAUUUCUUUUGAGGCUUCCAGCUAGUGCCACACACGACACGAGGUGCCUACCCUCGGCAUGGCCAUCCCCUGCCACUGGCAGCCUCAUGUCCUAUCCUGGAAGUUGCCCGCCAGCUCUGGUGACAGUUUUUGUGUUCCAGUGCACUUGUUUUCUUUUUCCUUCUGUUUUCAGACCAAUGGAUAAGCAGAGGUGGCCUGGGGAGGGAAGGGAGAAGUAAAAAAUAGAAAGGACCAUAUCCCAGAGUAGCAUCUCAAAUCCCAGCUGGUCUGCGGCCAGCAUCGCCUCACCCACAGGAUGCUGUGGAGAGAGAAUGUAGCCCAGUGUUCCCACCCCUAUGGCACAACUGGCAUCCCAACCUUCAGACCCUGGGAACUGGUGCAGCAGGCACAGGUACAGCCCAGGAUGGCUUUCAGAGCUGCUCAGUGUCCCACCUUAGGAAGAAGGAACCAUGCUAAGCCAGCUUUAGGAGGCUUUUGUGGGAUUUUAGGAUGGUGCCAAGCCUAACUCUGAUGUGACCUGCAGGACCAGCAGUGGGGCAAUACCAACCCAAUCAUUCCCACUUGCCCCAGCUCCCAAAUGUGUUUUCCUUACUGAUUUUCCACAGGCUGUUCUCAGCCAGGCAUUGCAUCUGCAGCCAGCAGGACUCUAGUAAGAGCUUUACUAGAACCCAAAAAGUCCUGGUCCCCCUUGUGCUCCCCAGUGUCACAUUUCAGUUACAUGUCCCUCAUUUCUGUUGUCCUUCUCUCACUGGUAGGAACUUGUUCUGUAUUUCUAAUUUGCUCUGGUAAAAGAGUGUAUUGUCUUGGAAA